AUGAAUAAUAGGAAAAGAUGUGUUUAUCCCACUGCUAAACAGAAGAAGAAGCUCUUGGAGUUCAUGACAAAGUAUCCCGAUUUGGCCUUAGGCAAAUUAACACCGACUUUUAAAUAUAAUGACGCUCAGAAAUUAUGGGUUAUUGUUGCUAAUGAAUGUAAUGCUAUACCUGGCUCCAGAAAAACCUGGAGACAAUGGAGAAAAACAUGGCAAGAUAUAAAGUCUAAGACAAAGAAGCGACAUGAGAAUGGUUUUUCAAGAUCAUUAUUUAAUCUCACAGACGCUGAACAACAAGCAAUAGGAAUAAAACUCGAGACCUCAACAUCGCAGGACCAAGAAAGCACUGAAUUUGUUAACUCCGAUGCUUUGGACUUAGAAAGUGCUCAAGGCAGUUUUAUUAUUGAAGACGAGUCUAAUGUAUCUUACUAUGAAGUACUGGAAUCUCCAACUGUAGAAGAAGAAGUAGAAGGAGAAAGGUACACAAACAAAGUUGAGAAUAAUAUCAGAGAGGAUCAGAAUUUCAAAGAAAAUAAUGAUAAUGUUAAGCAUUCUAAUACCUGUGUUUUCAAUUGUAAUUUGCUAGCUAAACAUGAGAAAAGAAAACUAGAAAUAAAAGAAGACUAUAUAAAUUUUAGAAAAGAUUAUUUAAAACAAAAACUACAAUUGAUGAAAGAACAGACUAAUGCUUUGAAAAUGAUUGCUAAAGAGUUAAGUAACAAAUAG